AUGGCCUUCCGCCCAGGGUCCUUUGCGACCUUUCUCAUCGUCUGCCCAACCAGCUUCUUCCUCGGCAUCAUCUUCUCCCUCUUCCCCUACGACUACCCAAUCCUAUGGUCCACCUCGCCCACCCCCGCCUCCCACUACGACUACUUCGAAUCACAUCUCCGCUUCCUACACGCGUCGCCCCCUCUGAUCCCCCGAAUCCUCCACAUCGUCAUCUUCCUCGGCCUCGCCGGCCUCAUCACCAAACUCUACCGCCCCUCGGAGUCAAACAUGCUCUUCGACGGCGCGUCGCUGGUCCUCUACAUGUGCGGCAUCACGGUCUACAUCGCCAACAUUGUCAAGGGCCUGCGUCUGGUCCAGGACGGCGUGUAUGGGGAUGAUUUGCUGGGAGGCGUGGAGGGGAAGGCGGCGUUGGAGGAAGGGGAGCAGAUUCUCGGGAGGGAGGACUCGUUGAAGGUGUUGGCGGCUAGUAAUACGAUUUUGGCGCUUGUGUUGGUGGGUGUGCUUGCGUUGCAGGCGGGGCAGUGGUAUGCCGAGAGGAAGGAUCAGAUUGAGGCGGAGAGUUUCAAAGGGGGGAAGAAGGGGGGUGAGGAGAAUAAGGAGAAGGAGAAGGAGAAGGAGAAGAAGAAGAAUUGA